AUGUCACCUCCCGACAACAGUGACUGGGCUGUUUUUGUGGACCAGGGAGGGGAGCUUUCUGACCCUGCCUCAUGUUGUGGGACCACAGAAGGAGCUGGAGAUCCAGACAAGCAGUGUUACCCCAUCCCUUCUGAACUUACUGGCCUGGGUCUUCAGGAGCCGUGGGUCACACAGCUUGCCAGUGCCUGUUCUGUGAAGAGCCAGGAGCAGAGAGACAGCAUGGGCUCGGCAACCAGCAUGCUGAGAGCCCUCUUCUUUCUCCUGGAUUCCGGGUUUUCUUUCCUUGCAGAUGUUGGAGGAGCUCGAGUGUUGGCAACGGGCAAGUCUGCUGGGGUUGAAGCUGAUAUCAAAUACGCCAUCAUUGGGAUGGCCCUUGGUGUUGCCAUAUUAGCUGGCUUCCUGGCCCUGAAGAUCUGCAUGAUCAAGAAGCACUUGUUUGAUAUUGAUUCCUCAGACCUGAGAUUCAAUGCAGGAGCUGCAAAUUCCAUUGCACUAAAGAGGACAAGCCCAAGGUUAAUCCCCAACCUCUCUGAAAGAGAUGCACAAGUGAUUGAACUCUAA